AUGUCACAGCAACAAAAUGAGAGAAGUCGAGAAAUAGAACUUUCAGGAUAUGCACUUGAGCCCACAUCUUUGUAUCCGAAAAAUAAAGUCAGAUCCACUCGAUAUAACCCUGUAACCAUAAUUCCAAAGAAUUUGUUUGAGCAGUUCCAUAGGUUUUCAAAUAUAUGAUUUUUGACUGUCUCUGUUUUUCAACUAAUUCCAAUAACAGCGAACCCAACUGCUUCAUGAAGUACAAUAGCUCCAUUUAGUUUUUUAUUGGCCUUUACCUUCCUAAAAGAUGCUUAUGAUGACCAUCGUAGGCAUAAAGGUGAUAAAUUAACAAACAAUUCGUUUUGCCGAUGCUGGAAUGGAGUUAAGUUUGAGCAAGCCAGAUGGAAAGAUUUGCAGGUUGGGCACAUUAUUAAUGUAUUAGAUGGAGAAAAGAUUCCUGCGGAUAUUGUGCUACUUUCAGCUGAUAACUCAGAUGGUACUUGCUAUGUGAGCAGAUCUGGGAUUUUGGGGAAAACUGAAUUGAAAUUAAAAACCGCCGUGACGGAAACCCACAAGAUAAUAUUUAAUUCUGAUGAAGAGCUAGCACUAAAGAGGCUUUCAGGCACAAUAAAGCUUGACGACCCCAAUAAUGAUUUUUCUCAUUUUGGAGGAGACUUGAGGCUUAAAUUAUAUCCAAAGUCAAUAGACUUAUCACUUGAUAAUGCAGUUUUUCGUGGAAGUACACUAAAAGGAUCAAAUUCUAUUAUUGGAGUCGUUGUUUAUGCUGGAAAAGAAACGAAAAUCCACAUGAAUAUCCAAAAACCCUUAAAAAAGACCAGCAGGAUUGAAAAACGUGUCAAUGAAUUUGUGCUGUACAUUUUACUCUUUCUACAACUAAUAGUCGCAUUUUCUAUGAUUUUUCAGUAUUUUGUAUAUAAUACCAACCAUGAUUAUAAUACUUUUGAGUCGUAUGUUAAUUUCGUGCUCUUAUACAACAACAUUAUACCCAUUUCGCUUUUUGUGACUAUGGAUAUUAUAAGGAUUUUUCAAGUUUGGAUUAUUGAAAGACAAACAAAAGGAGAAAUUGAGUUCCGAACUGGAGAUUUAAAUGAGGACUUGGGACAAGUAGAGUAUAUUCUGGCUGAUAAAACAGGUACAAUAACUGAAAAUGCGUUAAUCUUGGACACCUGCAUUGUAGGACUGGACACUUAUACGAAAGGAGGCUUGUUUGAGAGCUAUUUAACUAUAAAUGAUGAAGAGAAACCGUUGACAUCUCAUAUAGAAAAUCAGUUUGGAACGACACUUCCUGAGCUUGAAAAAACUCAUGAAAAGAUCAAUAUUGACACCUUCAAUUCAUCAAGGCCCUUAAUAAAGCUCAAAGAUGAAGCUUUAAUUGAAAAAGGCGAUUCCCAGCUAUUGCAUUUCAUCAAAUGCAUGGCUCUAUGCAAUUCUUGUGUAAUUGAAAAUGAAAAAAAUUGGAAAUUCAUAGGAAUUUCAGUAGAAGAGAAAUUAUUAUUGGAGUCUGCAAAACUUUAUGGCUUAAAAGUUAUUAAUAUGAAUCCGAAAAACUGUGUGAUUGAGUGGAAUGGAGCCUUAGAGCUCUAUAAGGUUAUUGCUUCAAGGCCUUAUAGCUCAAUUACUCAAAAAUGUUCAAUUGUUCUAGAAAAAGAGGGUGAAGAUUUUGCUAUUUUAUAUAGUAAAGGAUGCUUACUACCCCCCCCCCCCACUCCGUGAGCGAACAAAAAAAUUUUGUUCGCUCACGGAGGGGGGUUAAUUUUUUUUUUUUAAAAAAAUUUAUAUAUAAAUUUUAUAAAAAAUAUUUUUUUCGAAAUUUAAAAAAAUCCUAAUUUGCAAAAAUUGGGAAGCAAAUAUUAAUUUAAUUUGCAAAAUUUAUGUUUUAAAAGGCAAUUUGUUUAAAAUUAAACAGAAUUAGCUCUAGAUUUCAUUAUACUAAUUAUCACUUAUAUAUCAAAAUUUUUUUCCAUUAAAAUUUUUUCUAUUAAAAAAAUUUUUGUUCACUCACGGAGGGUGGGUUUUUGGUCAAAAAAUGGCGAUUUUUCUAAUGGUUUUGUUCGCUCACGGAGGGGGGGGGAGUUAGAGCAAAUAAUUCCACUUCUAGAUGUUGGAAAUGAAAUUAAAAGCUUUAUUGAUGAAAAGACGAAAGAGUUAUGCUUCAAAGGCCAAAGAACUAUAAUUGAAGGCUGCAGGAUUAUUAGCCCAGAAGAGAACUUUGAAUUCAAGAAAAAGCUAGAAAUAAUCAGGAGCUCUCCAAUAAACAGCGAGGUAAGAAUGGAAAUUUUAUUUCAAGACAUGGAAGCCAAUUUAUCAUAUUUAGGCAUCAUUGGUAUUGAAGAUAGCAUUUCUUCAAAAACACAAGAUGCAAUUACCAAUUUGCAGGAUGCAGGAAUUAAGAUAUGACUUUUGAGCAGUGAUGCAGAAAUUUCAUGCAUAACAGCAGCUUAUAAAUCGAAUUUAUUUAAAAAAGAGAACCCAGUUCUCAAAAUCCAUGGCUUAAAUAGCCAAUACCUCUGCACUAAAGCUUUGCAAAAUGGAAUAAUGAACUAUAUUUAUUGUGAAGGUGUAAGCUCAAUGGUCUCCAGAAAUCAAUCAUUAAGUUACAAGCGAAAAAUGACUUACAGAAGAAAUAAAUCAAUUAAUUUGCACAUGCGGUCAAUAUCAGUAAGAGAUAGCCAACAAUUAUUAAAAGAAGUAAGUGCUAAUUACUCAGAGCCAGAAAAUGAAGAUCCUGACGCUAUGCCAUUUCAAAACGGAGCUGAAAAACUCCUCUCUGUCCACACUAUGGGAAAAGAGUUUACCUUAAGAGAAAGAUUUUCAAGCAAUUUUCAGCUUUUAGACAAAUCAUUUGCCCAUGAUAAAGUAAAAUUUUCAUUAACAAUCGACAGGAUUUCUUUUGAUACUGCAUUUGGAAUCGAUGAAACUCGAAAACUCCUAGUCUGUUUGCUUUUGGCAGCUGAUUCUAUUUGUUUUUAUGGGUUUUUACCUCAAGAUAAAGCUAAAGUUGUAAAGCUAUUAAAAGAAAACACAAGCUUUAAGCCACUUACUCUAGCAAUUGGAGAUGGAAAUGGAGAUAUACCAAUGAUACAAGAAGCUGAUAUUGGGGUUGGGAUUAUAAAUAACUUAGAAAGCCAAGCACAAAACUAUGGCGAAAUCAACGUCACAGACUUCGCACAGCUGGAAAGGUUGCUAUUAGUAUAUGGAUUCUGAAAUUAUUUGAGAAUUACAAAAGCUUUGCUGCUUUAUCUAUAUAAAAAUUUUAUAUUGACUUAUCUAAUUUUCGUCUUUGUGUGGGUCAGUGAGUUUUCAGGCACUUUAAUAUUUGAUGGCGACCUUCUAAUUGGCUACAAUAUUUUGUUUACCACUGUCCCUAUUAUUUUACUAGGAAUCUUUGACCAGCCAUUAUCCCAAAAAAAAAUUUUCGAGAAUCUCCAAGUGUAUUCAAUUGGAAUUUUAAACAAAUAUUUCAAUGCCAAAAGGAUCCUGAAAUACACAGUUUUCUCAUUUAUCCAAGCUCUCUUAAUUUCAGUUCUGGUUUUUUAUUCAUUCAGCUCAAUAUCUAAUGAAGGAAAAACAGAAAACAUUGGCAUGAUUGGACUUGCGAUGUACAUUAUAAUGGUUUGCUCAAUACUUUUUCAAGUCUUUUGUGAGACUUUCCAAUAUUCGCUGCUAUAUUUAUUAUCUCAUGUUUUAUCUAUUUCGGCUCUUGUUAUUUGUGUUACUAUUUUAUCAUCUGUGUAUUUUGAUGAUAAUGAUUUAUAUCAAGUAGGCUCGGAAAUAUCAAAUUAUCCAAUAGCUAUCAUAUUAAUACUAACUGUGCCGUUGGUUAGUAUUAUCCCAAAUAUUACCUACAAACUUGUAAGAGCUCUUCUGUUUCCUACAAUUCUUGAAGAAAUUAAGUCAUUUUCUAUGACUUUAAAAUCAUCAGAAAAAUUUUCAAGACUAAAGCAGUUUUCAAGCAGUUUGAAACAAUUGUAUAAAUCUGGAAACAUCACUCAGGCAACGCUAGAAUAUGAACUUUUUGAUAUAAAUAAAUAUACGUUGAAUUUUCUUUCAAGGUAUAUCGAGAGAUUCUAUAAAGAAACUUAUAUUGCAGAAAACAAAUUUUAUUUUAGAAUAAUAACAACACUGCUUUGGGUGUUUUUCACUGUAUGGUCGCUAAUUGAAAUUUUAUGGCUCAACUCAGCUCUUUCUUAUAGUCUGAUUAGAGCUCUUUGUAUGUGUGGAUUUACUAUUAUCCUUUUCUUUGUAUGGACUGAUAUUUUUCAUAAAAAAUACGUCAACUUUGUGAUUAUUUCUAUCUUGAUAUCUAUAGUAAUCAAAUUUAUAAUAGAAAUGACCUACUCUCAAGUCGGCACAAUAACUACAGCUUGUAUUCCUGCUCUAACAUUUAUCUUAUUUAAUGUCGACUGAAUAAAAAACUUAGCACUCAAUGUAUUUUCAAUGACCUUAUUCUUUUUCUCAAUCAGCAUUAACUAUCCAUCUUCAAACGACCAGUUUCAAGAAACUCUAGACAUUUUAUCUUUUAUCAUAAUAAUCCUAUCAAUAGCCUUCUCAUCAGGAAUCGUUGGCUAUUUCAUUGACCUCUCCAAAAGAGUUGAGCACAAAUAUACAAGACUUAAAGAAAUUGGCAUUGAAAAAACCCAAAACAUUUUAGCAAUAUUUCUCCCUAGCUUUGUAAGCAAACGUGUAAAAGAUGGAGCAAGAUAUAUAGCAGAAGACCAAGGGAUUGUAACUGUAGUAUUUUGUGAUAUUUAUGAUUUUGAUACUAUAUGUGCUGAAUAUAAACCAAAUGAAUUGACUUCCUUUCUGGAUCAACUGUUCCAAGAAUUCGACCAGAUUUGUACUGUGGUAGGGAUGACGAAGAUAGAAACGGUUGGGAAAACUUAUAUGGCUUGUGGAGGAUUGAAAGAUAGUGAUAAUGAGAUGAUAACAAGAGUUAGAGAAGUCCCUCAUGCUAGAAGAGCAGUCGAGCUAGGGUUGGCUAUGAUUUCACAUGUGCAGACUUUGUGCUUGAAAAGUGGGGCUGAGCUGAAAGUAAAAAUCGGGAUAAAUAGUGGUCCAGUGACAGCUGGAGUUGUUGGGUUUCAUAAACCGCAAUUUUCACUUGUAGGGGAUACUGUCAAUACAGCAAGCAGAAUGUGCUCAACUUUGAUGAAGGCAAAUAAUAUUCAAAUUUCGAAAGAAACAUAUGAUGUGUUGGAAAAUUAUGCAGGACUUUCUUUUGAUCCAAACGAAGUAGAAGCCAAAGGAAAAGGAAUAAUGCAGACAUUUAUAGUCACAGAGAUCCCAGAUCCUAAUAGCUCAGUUAAGCAAGUCGCUGAGCAACGGAGAGGAUCACGCCUGAGCUCAGUUGGGCAAAAUGCCUAUGAUGAAAUUCCAACAGAAACAACGACUACCACUCUUUCAAAACUCACGAGAUACAGCACAAUCUUAGACCAUUUCGAAUUGAAAAACCCUAAAGAAGUCUUCAAACGAAACUUCACCGGACAAAUCAAAAAAGUCAAUUUUUUUGACUUUUCUUGCAAAGAAAAUGAAGUCCAAAAGCAGUUCAGAGAAGACAAGCUAAACAAAAGCAGAGACGCCAAAUACAUUGUAGUCUCGAUUUCCGCCAUUUGUUUUGGCUGGCUGCUGCUUGUGUCUAUUUUGAAAUAUAGUUACUUGGAUACGUGCACAAAUACCCCUAUUCUUAUCAGCCGAAUUAUUGUAGUAACUAUUCUUGUGUUGGUGAUUACCCUUCACAAUAAAAUCUACUUGACCAGACUUUAUCCAUUAUUGAUAAUAAUUUCAAUAUUAUUUAUGUCUGUCUCGGCGCUUAAUGCUUAUGAGUAUUGUGAAAUUGUAGUCGAUGACCUUGUUGCUGUUGAAAUCAUGUAUAUUAUUCUUAUCCUAAAUUAUAUCAGCGGAAUCUCAAUUACUAAUUUAAUUUGGUCGAAUUUUGCUGUAUAUAUUUCAUGGGUUAUUACUGGGGUUAUUUAUGUGGAUAGUAGCUCUCAUUAUUAUAAUAUUGUUUUGAUUGGCGCAUUUGCAUUGACCCAUUUAUCGAGUGUGUACUCUCAAGAAAACCAUUUACGAAUCCAUGAAAAUUUGAGAAUACUUGCUGAAAAAGAAAUAGAAAAAACUGAUAAGCUAUUAACACAGAUGAUGCCACCUAAUGUGCUAGAAAAUUUAAAACAAGGAAAGCCAAGCACUGAUCGACUUUUUCAAGUGACUUUGCUUUAUGCGGAUAUUGUGGGGUUUACUGCAUGAAGCUCAAAUAAAACACCUCAAGAAGUGGUAGGUAUGCUCUCACUUCCCUAUUUAAUAGUGAACACUUUUUUGAUUGUUAUUAAUUGGCUGUGGCUUGUAAAAUACUAUAAAAAUAUAUAUCAAUUUUUAUUUGUUUUAAAAGUGCUAAAGAUACUUGCAAUUAUAGUAAAAAUAAAGUUUUAAAUUUUUUAAAGAUUAAAAUAAGAGUAAAUUUUAUUUGUUAUUAAAAGGUAGGUAAAAUUUAUGGAAAAAUGGUAGUUUUGCUCAUUAUUAUAAGGUAUAAGUUAGAGCUUUUUACGAGAUUUGAUAAGCUCUGUGUAACUCACUGCGUGUAUAAGGUUCAUACAAUAGGCGACUGCUAUGUGGUUAUGGGAUACACAAGUGAAGAGUCAAGAGACCCUGAAAUUGAAUGCUUGAAUAUGAUUAAUAUGGCAAAAGAUAUGAUUAGGAUUAUUAAUGAGGUCAAUGAAGUUAACGGCAGCCAAUUAAAUAUGAGAAUUGGACUCCAUACUGGAGAAGUCAUUGCUGGGAUUAUAGGUACUACUAUUGUAAGGUACGAUAUAUAUGGUCCUGAUGUGCUGAUUGCUAAUAAAAUGGAGAGUGGAGGUGAAGCAGGAAAAAUCAACGUUAGCGAUGUGACUAAGGAAAUGCUAGAAAUAAGAUACCCAGGGCACUUUCUAUUUACAUUUAAUAGAGAAAUCAGUGUUCCGACGAUUGGGAAAACCCAUAGAUGUUUUUUCGUAGAUAAUGAAGUAAGAAAUUAA